AUGGUACGCAACGCCAACAACCGUUCUAGACGAGAUAAGCCGAGAAUACCCAAACAAGAAUCAGGUUUCCUGCAGCCGCUUGACGCCGAUCGACUAGCACGACAAGCUGCGAUUCCGAGCGAAACAGCGUUGACGACGGUUAGGCACUCCCUAACAUGGGAUGACGCCAGUGUUUCGCAGGUAUUCAAGGAAUUUGAAAAGAAGAUGAACGGAAAACUGGUCAAUGGGACUCUGAAGAACGCCAACGGAGAGUCUCCACCGCAUGCACCGCUUGGACUUUUGGAAAUACCGCCAAUGUCCAAAACCGUCCGAGCACGAUAUCCGCAAGAACGCCUGGUGAUUCGGUCAUUAGCGAAGCGUGAAAAGGACGAAACAGCCAUCAAACAUAAUGGAGCGAUGAAACGAGCGUUGUACAAGCAGAAAAGAGCCAGUAGAGAGAUGUCUACAGAGAGGGAACCGUUAAAAAAGCAAACUAGACGUAGAGAUAUCCCGGCUGUGCCUCCUGGAGUAGAAGUCGUUGCUAAUUCACCUAGAGAAGAACAGGAGAGCAAACGGUUUCUACAAAAUGGGGUCAUGCUGAGUAAGGACACAUUAGUGCGACGACAAUCGACAGUGGCGAUCAUUCCCGAUCCGCUAGUGAUUCCACCCAUCACAGGCCUAGAAGAGAGCUCGACGACAAGCCCUCCGCCACCACCAAUCUACGCGACGAGACUCUCAGAGAACGCCUAUGAGAACCGAGUGCUUAGACAACAAGACGAGGAAAAGUUUUCCUUCAAGCUUAAGCAGCAGGAAUGGACCCCAAGACGACGACUGCCACGGACGCCAUGCGGAACACCGGCUGGAGAAAUCCGACGACCAAAAUUCUACUUGCCAAGUACAGAACUGUGA